UUGUUUGAGUACGAAGGGUGCAAAGUAGGACGCGGCACCUACGGGCACGUCUACAAGGCGAGGCGGAAAGAUGGAUUCCAGGAAGGCUUCGUGUAUGGACCUCAAGCGUUGGAGGUAGCAGACUUUUCAGCAGAAGAAAAGAUGAAAAGGAAUAUGCACUGAAGCAAAUUGAAGGCACAGGAAUAUCCAUGUCGGCUUGUAGAGAGAUUGCACUUUUGCGAGAAUUGAAGCACCCUAAUGUGAUCGCAUUGCAGAAGGUGUUCCUUUCUCACAGUGACAGGAAGGUGUGGCUGCUGUUUGAUUAUGCAGAACACGACUUGUGGCAUAUUAUUAAGUUUCAUCGUGCAUCAAAAGCAAAUAAAAAGCCCAUGCAGUUGCCAAGAUCCAUGGUUAAAUCAUUACUUUACCAGAUUCUUGAUGGUAUCCAUUAUCUCCAUGCAAAUUGGGUGCUUCAUAGAGACCUAAAACCAGCAAAUAUCCUAGUAAUGGGAGAAGGUCCUGAGAGGGGGAGAGUCAAAAUAGCUGACAUGGGUUUCGCCAGAUUAUUCAAUUCUCCUCUAAAGCCACUAGCCGAUUUGGAUCCAGUAGUGGUGACAUUUUGGUAUCGGGCUCCAGAACUUUUGCUUGGUGCGAGGCAUUAUACAAAGGCUAUUGAUAUAUGGGCAAUAGGUUGCAUAUUUGCUGAGUUGUUGACUUCAGAACCUAUUUUUCACUGUCGUCAGGAAGAUAUAAAAACAAGCAAUCCUUUUCAUCACGAUCAACUAGAUCGGAUAUUUAGUGUCAUGGGAUUUCCUGCAGACAAAGACUGGGAAGAUAUUAGGAAGAUGCCAGAAUACCCUACACUUCAAAAAGACUUUAGAAGAACAACGUACGCCAACAGCAGCCUCAUAAAGUACAUGGAGAAACACAAGGUGAAGCCUGACAGCAAAGUGUUCCUCUUGCUUCAGAAACUUCUCACUAUGGAUCCCACCAAGAGAAUUACCUCAGAGCAGGCUCUGCAGGAUCCCUAUUUUCAGGAGGACCCCCUGCCGACACUAGAUGUGUUUGCCGGCUGCCAGAUUCCAUACCCCAAACGUGAAUUCCUUAAUGAAGACGAACCUGAAGAGAAAGGUGACAAGAAUCAGCAGCAGCAGCAGAACCAGCAUCAGCAGCCCACUGCUCCUCCACAACAAGCGGCAGCCCCACCACAGGCACCCCCCGCACAGCAGAACAGCACGCAGACGAAUGGGACCACAGGAGGGGCCACAGCCGGGGUCGGGGGCACCGGAGCAGGGCUGCAGCACAGCCAGGACUCGGGCCUGAAUCAGGUGCCUCCAAGCAAGAAGCCACGGCUUGGGCCUUCAGGCACUAACUCGGGCGGACCUGUUAUGCCAUCGGAUUAUCAGCACUCCAGUUCUCGCCUGAAUUACCAAAGCAGUGUUCAGGGAUCCUCUCAGUCCCAGAGCACACUCAGCUACUCCUCCUCGUCUCAGCAGAGUGCACAGUACCACCCGUCUCACCAGGCUCACCGGUACUGACCAGCUGCCCUGUCUCGGCCCAGGCCAGCCCAGAGCACAGACUCCAGCAAUAUCAUGUCUGCAUUGAAAAGAACCAAAAAAAAAAAAAAAAGAAAGAAAAAAGAAAAGAAAAAGCAAACUAUGAUGCCAUUUCCAAAUCAUAUACUUGGGAGGAAAACUUUAUGUAGUAAGUGUUUUGCAAGACUGACGUCUCUUCUUUAUGGUCUUCAAGAGGAUUCUUGUGAAGUUUCCCCAACACCCCUUCCCCGCAUGUGUUUCAUCGUGACUUCUCUGAUAAAGCAUCUGAUUUAAGCCCAGCACUUCUGUAACCUUCAGCAUUUUUUGGAAGGACUUCCUGGUGCACCUUUCUCAAGCUGUAGCAAUCACUCUGAUUUAUCUUUUCAAAGCUCUUUGAAUAGGAUCUUAGUGUUUUAGAAACAGGAUUCCAGUGGUAUAUAGUUUUAUACUUCAUGAACUAAUUUAACAACACAGGUUAAAAAGAAAUGCACCUUGUAAAGCACUACGUUGUUUUCACGGACUGUAACUGUUUUGCUCAUAGAAGUCUUAAAUAGGAACUGUUACUGUCCCAAAGUACUUCACUGUUGUGAUUUUAUUUAUCUAGUUUCAGGGAAGGUCUGAUAGCAAGACAAGUGACGGGACAGAGGGAACCUACAACCAAAAACAGCCUAGAUCUUUGCAGCUACUAUGCUUUAUGCCGUGAAGAACUGAAGUAUGUGGUCACUCUUAGGUAUUCAUUCACACGGAACUUAGUUCCCCAAAUCAUCUUGUUCUAAAUAGCAUUCAGGAAUGAAGAAUUACAUUUUAACCUUCAUGUGGCUACAUCUACCUUAAAAAGGGUUUUAAGAGCUUUGAUGAAAUACAGUCCUGUGGUGAGCCACGCCAGGAAGCUGAAGAGAAUAUUAACUGCACUAGGACUUUUUUUUAAGGAGUAAUGUUGAUCAAAGGAUGUGUUACCUCCCUUUGAAGGAAAAGCUUUUAGUGUAUAUUGUACAUAAAGCUGGCUUCUCUAAAGAACUGUCGCUUUCUUCACGUCUGGGUUUGUGCGAGUAACUUUCUUACACAAUCAAGGGUACUCAAAUAGAAGCCUGCAAAUUAAUCUGCUUUUAAAUGAAAGAGCAAUGUUCUCCAUUCAUGUUUGCAUUAGACAUAGAGUGACUAUUUUUAAAGCAUGUUACAGAUUUAGGUUUAUUCAUGUUUAAAGUGUGUAUUAUGUAUACAUAAUUUUGCUGUUGUUACUGAGACUUAAUUCUAUCAAAAAUCUUUUCAUUGCACUGAAUGCUUUUUUUUGCCCCUAGGAGAAAACUUAAUAAUUGUGCCUAAAAACUAUGGGCAGAUACUUUAUGACUAUACUAGAAAAGAUGAAUAUUUGUAUUUUCAUCAUCUAUGAAUUAGAGGCUGAGUUCUCUCUUAGCCACUUGAAGGAGCCCCUCACUCCCUAGAGUUCAAAAGGAAAUGUAAAGACUUAGAGCUCCCAUUGGAAUGUAAGGGGCAAAACAUUUGUGUUUUUCUGAAUGCUACUAGCGACACCAGCCUUGUUUUACACGUUUUCUUGAGCUAAAAGAAAAAGCUGAUUGUUGUAUAUGCAUUUUUUAAAAAACCUAUUCUUUGUGAACUUAUCUACCUGGUUAUGAUACUCUGGGUCCAUACACAACUAAAAUACGAUUUUAGACAGAAGCCAAUAUACAUUUUGCACUAUUGAUGUGAUACAGUAGCCAGCCAAGACCUUACUGAUCUCAGCAUAAUAAUGCUUAUUAAUAAUAAUAAAAACUGUAUAGAGACACUCAUGAAGACUUAAGAUGAAACAGUUGACAUGCUCCAUUGGAAGGAAUUUCUGAUUGUCUUCUUGUUUUCCCCCUUCCAUUUUUUAAAAUGAGAAAUUAACAGCCCUCUGCCUAAUGUCGCUACCUAUAUACAGUCUGUCCUGUGCCCGAAAGCCUCAGUGUCUGGAGCUGUUCGUCUUCAGAUACCCACUGUACCCUCCCCCAUGUAACAGGGGCUUCUCUGGGUGGAAAACAAAGGACAGAGCAUACUUGCUGUCCUUAAGGAGAUUAUGGUCGAUUAGGGGAAGCUCUCUUAGGGUGUCUGUGCUGUGUGAUUGACUGACAGGUGAAGCCAUCUAAUGAUAUGAAGGUCUUUAGUUUACUUCUGAGCCCACUCAGAUAGUUCUUAUUCCAGAUUCUGUUCCAUAGUAAACAGUGUUAUGGAAGGGUUUCUGUAUCUGUUCACCUUAGAGAAAGCCAGCGAAUUAGGAAUGUUCACAGCAGCCUUUCUGUAACAGAAGGGUGGCCCUUGUAGGCAGAACACACUCCAUUCUGUAGUAGUGAGAAGCUCCAUUCCUGCCCUCUGGGAGCUUACAUUAAAUAAAAGAAGACAAACUCAAAUAGGAACAUAACCAAAUUACUGUGUCCCUUAAUACAAUA